GCCAUGUAGGGCGCUGCGCGGCGGCCCGCGCCGCUAUAUAGCCGCGUGCCGGCCCGCCGCGCUCACUGCCGCCGCUGCCUGCGCCCGCGCCAGUCGAGUUGAAGUGUGAUCAGUGAGCGUCGUAGCCCCCCUCAGCGAAGAUGUGUGAUGACGAUGCGGGCGCGCUGGUGGUGGACAACGGGUCCGGCAUGUGCAAGGCGGGGUUCGCGGGCGACGACGCGCCGCGCGCCGUGUUCCCGUCCAUAGUGGGCCGCCCCAGACACCAGGGCGUCAUGGUCGGCAUGGGUCAGAAGGACUCCUACGUUGGGGACGAGGCCCAGAGCAAGAGAGGUAUCCUCACCCUGAAGUAUCCCAUCGAGCACGGCAUCAUCACCAACUGGGACGACAUGGAGAAGAUCUGGCAUCACACCUUCUACAAUGAACUGCGUGUAGCCCCCGAGGAGCAUCCCAUCCUGCUGACGGAAGCGCCGCUAAACCCGAAGGCGAAUCGCGAGAAAAUGACCCAGAUCAUGUUCGAGACGUUCAACUGCCCCGCCAUGUAUGUGGCCAUCCAGGCCGUGCUCUCCCUGUACGCGUCCGGCCGCACCACCGGCAUCGUGCUGGACUCCGGUGACGGUGUCUCCCACACUGUGCCCAUCUAUGAAGGCUACGCCCUGCCCCACGCCAUCCUCCGUCUGGACUUGGCUGGCCGCGACUUGACCGACUACCUCAUGAAGAUCCUCACAGAGAGGGGCUACUCCUUCACUACCACCGCUGAGAGGGAAAUCGUCCGCGACAUCAAGGAGAAGCUAUGUUAUGUUGCGUUGGACUUUGAGCAGGAGAUGCAGACGGCCGCCGCCUCCACCUCCCUGGAGAAGUCGUACGAACUUCCCGACGGUCAGGUCAUCACCAUCGGCAACGAGCGUUUCCGUUGUCCCGAGGCCCUCUUCCAGCCUUCCUUCCUGGGUAUGGAAUCCUGCGGUAUCCACGAGACCGUGUACAACUCCAUCAUGAAGUGCGACGUGGACAUCCGUAAGGACCUGUACGCCAACACAGUACUAUCCGGCGGCACCACCAUGUACCCAGGUAUCGCCGACAGGAUGCAGAAGGAGAUCACCGCCCUCGCUCCCUCCACCAUCAAGAUCAAGAUCAUCGCUCCCCCGGAGAGGAAGUACUCCGUAUGGAUCGGUGGUUCCAUCCUGGCCUCCCUAUCCACCUUCCAGCAGAUGUGGAUCUCCAAGCAGGAGUACGACGAGUCUGGCCCGGGCAUCGUGCACCGCAAGUGCUUCUAAGCGCCGCCCGCCGUCAGCAGUCAGCUGCCAGCCGUCAGCUGCAGCUCGCCUCCUCUCACGUUUUGUACUGUCGCUCUACAAAUGUAUUUAUUUUGCACUCGCUCUCGGAGACUGUACGCUCUUGCGUUUUGUGUAAGUGAGAUAAUUUAAGCUAUUAUGAUUUAAUUAUAAUUUUUGUUACUGUU